UCCACGGGUCGGCGCCAGCGGCCAAUCGGAAGCGCCGAGGAGGGCUUCUAGUUUACAUAAUAAUAGAGGGGCGUGGCCAGGCGAGGAAGGGCAGUGGAGGGGCGCCGGUGGCGCCAGGGGUGCUGACCCGAGCGGUGCUGGCGAGGCCCCCCCGGACCCAUGGCCCACAGCGCCAAGCAGCUGCCUGCCGGGAUGCUGCAUGCCACGGGCAAAGCUCAGCAUGGAAACUUCCUGGUGGCCAUCAAGCAGGAGAAGGGAGAGUCGGCACGGACGAGCGGCGAGAAGCCGCACGGCGAGGAGGAGCCGGUGAAGAAGAGGGGCUGGCCCAAGGGCAAGAAGAGGAAGAAGAUCCUUCCCAAUGGCCCCAAAGCCCCUGUGACGGGCUACGUGCGUUUCCUGAAUGAGCGGCGCGAGCAGAUCCGCACGCAACAUCCUGACCUGCCCUUCCCGGAGAUCACCAAGAUGCUGGGGGCUGAGUGGAGCAAGCUGCAGCUUUCGGAGAAGCAGCGGUACCUGGACGAAGCGGAGCGGGAGAAGCAGCAGUACAUGAAGGAACUGCGGGAAUACCAGCAGUCAGAGGCCUACAAGAUGUGCACGGAGAAGAUCCAGGAGAAAAAGAUCAAAAAAGAGGACGCGGGCUCUGCGGCAGUGAACACUCUGCUGAAUGGGCACCCGCACAAGGCUGGCGAGUGCAGCGACACCUUCUCCACCUUCGAUGUGCCCAUCUUCACGGAGGAGUUCUUGGACCAAAACAAAGCUCGGGAGGCUGAGCUGCGGCGCCUGCGCAAGAUGAACACGGAGUUUGAGGAGCAGAACGCUAUCCUGCAGAAGCACACGGAGAGCAUGAACUGUGCCAAGGAAAAGCUGGAGCAGGAGCUGGCCCAGGAGGAGAGGCAGACCCUGGCCUUGCAGCAGCAGCUCCAGUCCGUGCGGCAGGCCCUCACCGCCAGCUUCGCCUCCCUCCCCAUCCCCGGCACUGGGGAGACCCCCACUCUGAACACUCUGGACUUCUACAUGGCCAAACUGCACAGUGCCAUCGAGAGCAACCCGCUGCAGCAUGAGAAAUUGGUGGUGCGCAUCAAGGAGAUCCUGUCCCGGAUAGCCAGCGAACACUUGUGAAGAGGACCAGUCCCGCCUGGAGCCUGGGGCCGGCCGGACCACGGCCCUGUCCCUUGGAGCUCACGCAAGGGACAGUCUCUGCUGGUGGUCCGGCUGCUUCCCCCUCCACCCCAUGCACCUCGCUGGAGAAGUGAGCUGGGACCUCCCCUAGCCCUGCCGCGGCUGGGCCCCGUGGCUGCGCCACCUCCGAGGACCUCGAGCUUCUGGGGACCAAGCGGUGACAGGGCUGAGAGACCCCAGCGGCGUGGCGCUGGGCGAGGUGCUCAGCGGUGGACGUGAGCAUCCCCCCCCCACCCCGCUCUCCUGCAGGCUCUCCAGCUCCUGCAGCUCCGCCUCGCUAAACCAGAGACUCCAAAGGCUAUCCGGUGGCAGAUGAGGUGCCUGUGGGUUACUGGCCUGGAGUGAGCCACCCUCUUCCAGGGUGACCCAGGGGCUGCUGUUAACCGGCCUGUGAUGGAAGGGAGGCAGCCGGGUGCCCUGGGAGCCCCUGGGGCUUGGCACUGCCUCCUGGCCCCUACAUCAGCCCAGGGAACCUCUUGGUCCCCUGUCCCACAGCGGGUGAGGUGGCAGGCUUCCUUCUGCCUGCCUCUUACUUUUACUUUAUUUAAUCUUCCCGCUUCCUCUUGCUGCUCCCCCGUGGGUGCCUUCAGCCUCCUGCCUGUGUCACCCUGCCUGUCACCUCUCCUUCCUCCACGCCUCUGGGACCAGGCAGGGCAGCUCCUGUGCUCUGCAGCGGUGAAGGCAAAAAAAAUCUUCGUGCUGGAGGGGGGAGCUGGGACCCUACCCCUUCCUCCCCACGGUGGGGAGCCCGUGGGGUGGUGCACAGGCUUUCGGCUCCUGCUUCGUUGCCCGAGCCUGCCCUGCGUCGUGGGACCACCGUGACAGCAGCUGUGUCCUGGCCGUGCUGUGCUGGGGUCGGCCGUCCCCGGGGCUGCCUGUCACUAAUCUCAGACUGUGUAAUUAGAGAGUGUCUUAUUUUCUUACUAGCACUACGUUGAUCUGGCCCUGGGUUUAACCCGGGGCUGGUGUGCGACUGCUUGUCUCUUGCCCGUAAGGUCCGUGUUCUGUAGAUGAGUCUCCUGGUUGCCAUCUCCUGGUGGCUGCUUGGCUUGGGAUGGAGAUGGGAGCAAAUAAAUGUGGGAGAAACAACCA